AAAAGGGAGAAAAAGAAACUGAGGCAGGCAGAUAAAAGCUUGAGGCCAAGUGUAGGAAGACAACCAAGGUUCUAGGUUUCAGCCAGGUCUCUGAGGUCAAGGCGUGAUCAAGGGGUGAAAUUCUGGGUUUUCAACUGCAGGAGUGACGGUACGAGGCAUGUUUGAGCUGAGUGGAUCAGAUCACUGUGGGGGAAUAGUUGAUAAAUGGGAGAGGUGCUGGCCAGCUUAUAGGCUUAGGUUACCCAGGCUUGGUUACCAGGGAACUUCAUUCUGGGUCCUUCUCUUCCAUCAGCUCAUUGUGAUCCCAAUCACCUGCCCCAUUAUGACUCAGUCCUCCUCCCCUCCCCCACUGGGGAGUCUGCCUCCCAGUAUGUGGGGGCUACAGGGUCUAGGUAGUCCUGGGACCCCCUGUCAUGGGUGAACAAGUCUACCAUGGAGCCCAAGCAUGCUCUGGCACCAACCUCAGGAAAUGCCAGGAUUUAGGAGAUUCAAUUCUUCUGAUUCUGGGCAGCUUCAUCUUGCUCAACGUGGGAAUCAAUGUGGUGACUCUGCUCUGGAAGCAUCUGAAGAAUUCACUGCGGAUUCUAUUCCAUCAUUUUUUCCCCAAAGACAAGCAACCUGCUGAUCUAAACGGCCGACCCCUGUGCAUGCGUUGUACCGCAGAUCCCAAGAACCUGUACUCAAGGAUUUCUUCCCGAUUUCCCCGUCGCCCCAGUUUCCUGCUUGGGCAUGCCAAUCACUUUGACUCUUGGGUACCAGACACAAAUGAUGAGAACAUUUCUAGGUGCUGCUGGAUGCCACCCCAAUGUGGACAUGGCAGAGCUCCCACAGAAGUUCCGUGGGAACUGUGGAAAGAGGGACCGCUGGGAGCUGGGGAAGCCCCUCAGGCCACAGUCAUGAAGACCCAGGAUUCUUUAUUUUCCAAGCCAGAGAUUUCUCCCCAGAUUCCAAAAAUACACAAGCUGAACACGGUUCCACCUUCUUCAUCCCAAGAGGACAAGACUAAGGCACCAGAUGACAGUCCACCCCAUGCUCAAGCCCAGGCUCUAACCUAUUCUUUGACCAACACCCAUGAAAUCCCUUCCACUCAAUCCCAGACACAGACCUCAGAACCCACUCAAUACAGGGCACAGGGUCUUGAGCACACCUCAGCCUAUACCCCACCGGCCCAUGCACCUGAUUUUGUCUCAGCUCCUAUCCCAGACCUCAGUGAAGCCCCAGUACCAGCCAGUGCUUCACCCCCAACCCCAUCCCAUAACCCAGCCCCCACCCCAUCCUAUCUCCCAGCCCAGGCCCCAACCCAUAAUCAAGCCCAUAUCUUGGAUCAGGCCCAGCCCCACAUCCUGCCCCAUAUCACACUCCAGGUACCAGCCCCAACCCAAGCUCAGGGUUUAGCCCACAGCCCUGAGCAAGCCUCAGCCCAUACAUUACCUCGACCCCCAACCCAGGCUCCUGCACAUGCUUCCUUCCAGUCCCCAGGCCAUGACCCAGUCCAAAUCCUAGUACACACUUUGACCCAUCCCCAAACCAAUGUCCCUGAGCAAACAUCUCAAGCCUCAACACAUGUCCCAUCCCAUUCCCUACUUCAUUUGUAUGACCGCAUCCCAUUGCCUAGCCUGACCCCUGCCCCGGGCCCUCACCCAGCCUUUGCCCCAGCUCCCAUCCCAGCCAGCACCCCAUCCCCUGCCCUAGCACUGUCCAUGACCAUGAUUACUACUCAAACCUCUGCUCAAGUCCCUGUCACCACCUCCACGCCUACCCUACCUCCCGUUCCUUCUAUGCUGGCUACCUUUGACCCCAGCUUCUCCACUGGCCAUAUGGUCUAUGAUGCCCGCAGAGUAAAGCAGAACGCCUUCCUUAAGCACAAUGCCGAGAACUCAGGGUAUUUCAGGAAGGACUUGAACAUCCUCUCCAGGCCCCAAGAGGUGAAGGGCAUGGUAAAUUCUGAAGAGACACAAAAGCAGCAUGGUGGGGAGAGUGCUGAGCCUCCUGCCGGGCCUAUACUUGGUUACCUGGAGUUGGGGAACAUGGACUGGAAGAUCUCAGACAAUGCCAAAGAUAAGUUCUCCCAGCCCAAGACCUUCCCAUACCACAGCCUUCAUCCUUGCUGUUCUGAGAGCAAGGGCGAAGACUCCCAGGCUCCAGUCUACCCCAAGUUCCUGGUCUACACCCAGAAUGCCACUCCCUCUCAACCUUGUCUGCAUACUCCAAGUGCUGCUCAGAGCACACUGCCCACCACCCCACCACUGUGUACUCUCGCUCUGCCGCUUGUUUCUCCCAGAACAUUUGCUGGUCCUCAAUCUAACCCUCAGAAGCCCUCCAACUUACCACAAACUCCCACCUUUCUUUCAACCUCCAAGCCUCCUCAGACUGUCUCUUCCCCUUAUUUCUCUGUCCCUUCUCAGUUCUCCACCAUCUCUCAGAACUUAAUCCAACCCCCAAACCCCGAGAAUCAAAACCUUAACCAAGGCUUUGGCCUUCAAAAGACCCCAUCCCUUGACAAGGAAUCUAGAGUUCCCAGGAACCCAGGCCUUACCCAAGAUCCAGGCCUCCAGAAGAACCCAAGCCUUGUCCCAAAUCCAGGCCUCCAGAAGAACCCAGGCCUUACCCAAGAUCCAGGCCUCCAGAAGAACCCAAGCCUUGUCCCAAAUCCAGGCCUCCAGAAGAACCCAGGCCUUACCCAAGAUCCAGGACUCCAGAAGAACCCAGGCCUUACCCAAGAUUCAGGACUCCAGAAGAACCCAAGCCUUACUCCAAAUCCAGGACUCCAGAAGAACCCAGGCCUUAACCAAGAUCCAGGACUCCAGAAGAACCCAGGCCUUACCCAAGAUUCAGGACUCCAGAAGAGCCCAAGUCUUGCCCCAAAUCCAGGACUCCAGAAGAACCCAGACCUUACCCCAAAUCCAGGACUCCAGAAGAACCCAGGCCUUACCCAAGAUCUAAGACUCCAGAAGAACCCAGGCCUUACCCAAGACCCAGGCCUUACCUUGAAUCCAUGCCUCCACAAGAAUUCAGGUUUCUACAAGUUUCCAGGCUAUACUCAAAAUCCUUACCUCUGCAUGAAUCCAAACAUUUCCCAAGACCCUUGCCUUCAAAAGAAUCUAGGUACCACUCCAGAUUCUGGCCUGAGGAGUUCAGUUGCUAUCCAAGAUGCUGGUGUCCUUAGGAACUUAGGUUUCAUCCAACCUUCCAACCUCCACAAGAAUAUAAUAUUCAGUCAAACAUCUGGUCAGAAGACUUUGAGCUUUAUGCAAGACUCUGUGGUCUACAGGAAUGGUACAUUAACCCAAGACACUGUAAUCAACAAAAAUAAAGGUCUCUCCCCAGUAGGAGACCAAAAGUGGCCAGACUCCUCUCAUAAUUCUGGAGGUAACAAUGGUUCAAGAAAUGUACAACAUCCAGGAACCUGCAGGAAUGUAGGCCUUUCCCAAGACUCUAGACCACAGAAGAACCCAUGCCAUACCCAAGACUCUGAAAUUAACAAAAACUCAGGACUUAUCCAGGAAUCUAGUUCCCCCAAGAGCCCAGGCCAUGUCCAAAUCUCUUACCUUCAUAAGAGCUCAGGUUUCACACAGGACUCAGGAGACUACAAGAAUUUAGGCCUUACUCAAAAUCCUGGAAUCUACAGAGUCCCAGAUCUAAACCAAGACACCAACUCCCACAAGAAUCCCCAUCUAAUCAAUGUCACCACAGCAGAAAGAAGAUCGGACCUAAACCAAGAUGUUGGCAUUUACAGUUCAGAACAUGGCCAAGACCCUAACCUUCAGGAAUGCCCAGCAAUUAAUCAAGAUUCUAGCCAUCAUCAGAACCCGGCACUUGGCCAAGGCUCUGGCUUCAAGACUCCAGGCCUUACCCAGCAGGUUGGCCCCUAUAAGGACUCAGGCCUUACCCCAGACUCUGACAUCAACAAAAAAACAAGCUUUGCUCCAGGUACUGGUUCUGCCCAAGUCUUGGGCCCACUUCAGAUAUUAAAGCUGGCAUCUUCCCCAGUGAAAUCCCUUGUAUGUAAAACGAAUUCUCAGAAAGACAAUACAGAGCAGCAAGUGUCCUCGACUUCUGUCCCAGUCAACCAAGGCUCCUGCCCUUCCAAGGCCCAAGUGCUCUCCCCUGACCUGAAAACUUUGUCAGAGGUACCAGUCCUAAUAGAGCUGCAACCCCCGUCCCGGCGGUUAGACAGCCAGGACUGGGUAUACCACACUGUAGAUAACGUCCCUUCAGCCUGCCAGAAGUAUCGCCAGAUGUCUAUGCCUCCCAAAAUCAACUGGAAGCCCCAGUGCCCUGGACCAGGCACCCGGACAGGUCAUGUGGUCUUUGAUUCCCGCCAGAAACAGUUACUAACUGGCAGGGAAAAGUGUGAGGCUCUGUCUCCCAGGCGCUCUCGUCAAGAAGCACUUAAAAACUCAAGGAGACCCAGAAGGAAUGGGGAUAUCAAAAUGUGAUGAGGACCUUGGACAAAGAGGGGGCAAAUAUGCAUCAGGAAUAAAGAGGCAAGAGAAGCAUUCUGUGCUUGUUUGAGGCUCUUCAUCCCAGCGCUACCAUUUAUAUUGAUAUCCUCAUCUUAAAGAGACAUGGAAUUAACACGUCUCUAUUCUUUCUCCACAGCUCCAUAGGCAAGCCCAUUCUCUGCCGGCUCAAGAGCUGUGUUUUAGGGAAAAAGACAGUAGCCACUAUCCAAAUGUGACUAUUAGGAUGUCAAUUAAAACUGAAAAUUCUCACCAAGCCUUGUAUUGCACAUCUCUAAAGCCAGCACUUGGUAGGUAGAGG